CUCCUCCUCCUCCUUCCCCCUCAGCAAAAUGGCGGCGCGUGGAGGCCUGAGGAGUCAGUGAGUGACUCGCCUUCUACUCCUCCCUUCGCCCCCCUCGGUCGCCGCCAGGCUCAUUUGCAUUGGGCACUCACCCCUCGUCCCUGUCCCGUCCCCCCUCCCGGCUACUUUCACCCCCUUCUCUUCCUAUUCUUUUCCUCCUUUACGGUUAUUUCCCCCCCUCCCUAUUUUCUGUGUCUCACUCAGUUCCCCUCCCCCCACCCGCCAGCCCAUCAAUCAAUCAGCGGCGACCGAGAGCGGAUCAAUCAAUGGUCGGGCGGAGGAGGCGGCGGCCGCUGCUGCUGUUGUUGAAUGAACAAUGUGCGAGAGCUGUGCCGAGCUGCUGGAGGUGUUAAACGAGAUAUCAGACAUUGAGGGUGGAGAUGGAUUGCAGCUCAGAAAGGAACAUGCGCUCAAGGUUUUUGCUUACAUCAACACCUGGACACAAAGGCAAUGUCUGUGCUGCUUCAAGGAGUACAAGCAUCUGGAGAUCUUCAACCAAGUUGUAUGUGCCCUUAUAAAUUUAGUGAUUGCCCAAGUUCAAGCUCUUCGGGACCAGCUGUGUAAACAUUGCACUAUUAACAUAGACUCAGCAUGGCAAGAUGAGAAUAAUCCAUCUGAUGAGCCACUGAAUGUAGAAAGAGAAUCUCAUGGAGAUGGAGACGAAGAAAAUGGGGAACGACAUAAAUUCAUAGAGAAGAAGCUGGACUCUGGAAGAACUUGCAUCCUGACAGAUGAGGAAUCCACAAAAUGCACUGAUUUAUUCAGUGUAUGGAGUACUGAGGAGAAGGAGAAACUUUUGCUUUGCGUAGCAAAAAUCUUUCAGAUACAGUUUCCUCUGUAUACUGCUUACAAGCAUAACACUCACCCCACAAUAGAGGAUAUUUCUGCACAAGAAAGCAAUAUAUUAGGGGCAUUCUGUGAUAUGAAUGAUGUAGAAGUACCAUUGCACUUGCUUCGCUAUGUUUGCUUGUUUUGUGGAAAAAAUGGCCUUUCCCUUAUGAAGGACUGUUUUGAAUAUGGAACCCCUGAGACAUUGCCAUUUCUCAUAGCACAUGCAUUUAUCACUGUGGUCUCUAAUAUCAGAAUAUGGCUGCACAUCCCUGCUGUUAUGCAACACAUUAUACCAUUUAGAACCUAUGUUAUCAGGUAUUUAUGUAAACUGUCGGAUCAAGAGUUGAGACAGAGUGCAGCCCGUAACAUGGCAGAUUUAAUGUGGAGCACAGUUAAAGAGCCAUUGGAUACUGCCUUGUGCUUUGAUAAAGAAAGUCUUGAUCUAGCGUUUAAGUAUUUUAUGUCACCAACUUUGACCAUGCGAUUGGCCGGACUCAGUCAAAUAACAAAUCAACUUCACACCUUCAAUGAUGUGUGUAAUAAUGAAUCAUUGGUUUCAGACACAGAAACGUCCAUUGCAAAAGAGCUUGCAGAUUGGCUGAUCAACAACAAUGUGGUAGAACAUAUUUUUGGACCAAAUUUGCAUAUUGAGAUCAUCAAACAGUGCCAAGUAAUUCUUAACUUCCUCGCUGCUGAAGGCCGACUUAGUACACAGCACAUAGACUGCAUCUGGGCUGCAGCACAGUUGAAGCAUUGUAGUCGCUAUAUACAUGAUUUGUUUCCCUCACUUAUCAAGAAUUUGGAUCCCGUUCCACUUAGACAUCUUCUUAAUUUAGUUUCUACCCUCCAUCCCAGCGCACAUACUGAACAGACUUUAUAUUUGGCAUCCAUGCUCAUUAAAGCGCUGUGGAAUAAUGCACUAGCAGCUAAGGCUCAGCUAUCAAAGCAGAGCUCAUUUGCAUCUUUGCUCAGUACAAACCUACCAAUGGGAAAUAAGAAAGAGGAGGAAGAGCUCCGCAGAGCGGCUCCAUCACCAUGGUCACCUGCAGCAAGUCCUCAAAGCAGUGACAACAGUGAUACUCAUCAGAGUGGAGGAAGUGACAUUGAAAUGGAAGAACAGCUGAUUAGCAGAACUAAACAUGUCCAGCAGCGGCUUUCAGAUACAGAGGAAUCUAUGCAAGGAAGUUCUGACGAGACAGCAAAUAGCGGUGAAGAUGGCAGCAGUGGACCAGGUAGCAGCAGUGGCCACAGUGAUGGGUCCAGCAACGAGGCAAACUCCAGCCAUGCAAGCCAGUCUGCAGGAAGUCCCGGCAGUGAGGUGCAGUCAGAAGACAUUGCAGACAUUGAAGCGCUCAAAGAAGAGGAGGAGGAGGAGGAAGAAGACGACAGAGGUCAUACUUCCCAGAAGAGUGGCCGGAGCACAGAGUUACGAAGCAGAAAAAUGGAAUCUCAGUCAGGGAUUUGUUUGGGGGAUUCACAGGGAGCAGCAGACAGGAGUGGUGUAAGCAAUGGCACAGGAAAGGACCAUGUUUUUAAUCCUGAAUCUAUGCCACCGGUGGAUAAUAGAAUUAGAAUGCUAGACCCUUGCUCGCAUGCGGAGGACACAGAACACGAUAUGACUGGGGAAAUGAGCACAACACAUAUAUCACAAGGCUCCCAAGAUUCAUGUAUAACACAUACAGGGGACUUCCUUGGAGAAGCUAUUGGAAAUGAAUUAUUCAACUGCCGUCAGUUCAUAGGGCCACAGCAUCACCAUCACCACCACCACCACCACCACCACCACCAUCACCAUCAUGAAGGACACAUGGUUGACGACAUGCUGAGUGCUGAUGAUGUCAGUUGCAGCAGUUCUCAAGUCAGUGCAAAAUCAGAGAAAAAUAUGGCCGAUUUUGAUGGAGAGGAAUCUGGCUGUGAAGAAGAGCUUGUACAGAUCAAUUCACAUGCUGAAUUAACAUCUCACCUCCAGCAGCACCUUCCAAAUCUUGCCUCCAUUUAUCAUGAACACCUCAGCCAAGGGCCAGCAGUUCAUAAGCACCAGUACAACAGCAACGCAGUGACAGAUAUUAACUUGGAUAAUGUUUGUAAGAAGGGAAAUACUCUUUUGUGGGAUCUGGUCCAGGAUGAAGAUGCAAUUCAUCUGUCUGAAGGUUUGAUAAACGAAGCAGAGAAGCUUCUGUGUUCAUUAGUGUGUUGGUUUACUGAUAGACAGAUUCGAAUGAGAUUCAUUGAAGGUUGUCUAGAAAAUUUAGCAAACAACAGAUCAGUGGUGGUUUCUCUUCGACUUCUUCCAAAACUAUUCGGUACCUUUCAGCAGUUUGGUAGCAGUUAUGAUACACAUUGGAUAACAAUGUGGGCUGAAAAAGAACUUAAUAUGAUGAAGCUCUUCUUUGAUAAUUUGGUCCACUACAUUCAGGCUGUUAGGGAAGGACAACACAAACAUGCAUUGUACAGUCACAGUGCUGAAGUUCAAGUUCGCCUUCAGUUUUUGACAUGUGUUUUUUCAACUCUGGGAUCACCAGAUCACUUCAGAUUGAGUCUGGAACAAGUAGACAUAUUGUGGCACUGUUUAGUAGAAGAUUCUGAAUGCUAUGAUGAUGCGCUACACUGGUUUUUAAAUCAAGUACGAAGCAAAGACCAGCAUGCCAUGGGAAUGGAAACCUACAAGCAUCUUUUUUUAGAAAAGAUGCCCCAGCUAAAGCCUGAAACAAUUAGUAUGACUGGAUUAAAUUUAUUUCAGCAUUUAUGCAAUUUGGCACGAUUAGCUACCAGCGCAUAUGAUGGUGGCUCAAAUUCAGAGUUAUGUGGUAUGGACCAGUUUUGGGGCAUUGCUUUAAGAGCACAGUCUGGAGAUGUGAGCCGUGCUGCGAUCCAGUAUAUUAAUUCCUAUUAUAUUAAUGGUAAAACGGGUUUAGAGAAAGAACAAGAAUUUAUUAGCAAGUGCAUGGAAAGUCUAAUGAUAGCGUCUAGCAAUCUUGAGCAUGAUUCACAUUCAAGUCUCACUAUUAUUGAACGUGGGCUACUUAUGCUUAAGACUCAUUUAGAAGCUUUUCGGAGAAGGUUUGCAUAUCAUUUGAGACAAUGGCAAAUUGAGGGCACUGGCAUCAGCAGCCAUUUAAAAGCAUUGAGUGACAAACAGUCGUUGCCUCUAAGAAUUGUCUGUCAGCCAGCUGGACUUCCUGACAAGCAUGUUUUAUUUCAGAUGACAAUUGAAAUGUAUCCUAGUGAUCAAGUAGCAGAUCUAAGAGCUGAGGUUACACAUUGGUAUGAGAAUCUGCAGAAAGAACAGAUAAAUCAACAAGCGCAGCUGCAGGAGUUUGGACAAAGUAGUCGGAAAGGAGAGUUUCCAGGUGGUCUCAUGGGACCUGUGAGAAUGAUCUCAUCUGGACAUGAACUGACAACUGAUUAUGAUGAAAAGACUCUUCAUGAAUUAGGUUUCAAAGAUAUGCAGAUGGUGUUUGUGUCCUUGGGUGCUCCGAGGAGAGAGCGAAAGGGGGAAGGUGUUCAGCUUCCAGCAUCCUGCUUACCACCUCCCCAGAAGGACAACAUCCCAAUGCUCUUACUUCUUCAAGAACCUCACCUUACCACUCUCUUUGAUUUAUUGGAGAUGCUUGCCUCUUUUAAACCGCCUCCUGCAGAAGUAGCUAUGGAAGAUAGUGAGAGCAUAAAAUGUGAAGAACUCCACCUUCAUGCAGAAAAUCUAUCAAGGAGAGUCUGGGAGCUGUUAAUGCUUCUGCCUACAUGUCCCAAUAUGCUGCAGGCAUUCCAAAAUAUUUCAGAUGAACAGGGUAAUGAUGGAUUCAAUUGGAAAGAUCUCCUGAGAAUAAAAAGUGCCCAUAAACUUUUGUAUGCCCUUGAAAUCAUUGAAGCUCUUGGAAAACCCAACAGAAGAAUAAGGCGGGAAUCCACGGGAAGUUACAGUGAUCUGUAUCCAGACUCUGAUGAUUCAAGUGAAGAUCAAAUAGAAAAUAGUAAGAACACUUGGAGCUGCAAGUUUGUUGCUUCUGGGGGGCUCCAGCAGCUACUGGAAAUCUUUAACUCUGGAAUUCUGGAGCCUAAAGAGCAGGAAUCAUGGACUGUGUGGCUACUUGACUGUCUAGCCUGCUUGCUGAAAUUGAUCUGCCAGUUUGCAGUGGAUCCCUCAGAUUUGGAUUUGGCUUAUCACGAUGUCUUUGCCUGGUCUGGUGUAGCAGAGAGCCACAGGAAAAGAACUUGGCCAGGGAAAUCACGGAAGACUGCAGGAGACCACGUGAAGGGCCUUCACAUACCCCGCUUGACAGAGGUAUUUCUUGUACUUGUCCAGGGAACCAGCUUGAUUCAGCGACUUAUGUGUGUUGCUUAUACAUAUGACAACUUGGCGCCUAGGGUGUUGAAAGCUCAAGCUGAUCAUAGGUCGAGACAUGAAGUUACUCACUAUUCAAUGUGGCUUUUGGUGAGCUGGGCUCACUGCUGCUCUGUAGUAAAAUCCAGCCUGGCAGAUAGUGAUAAUUUACAUGACUGGCUAAAGAAACUUACCCUUCUCAUUCCAGAGACUGCAGUCCGUCAUGAGUCCUGUAAUGGUUUGUACAAAUUAUCGUUGUCUGGUUUGGAUGGGGGAGAAUCAAUAAACAGAUCUUUUCUGCUGCUGGCUGCCUCAACUUUGUUGAAGUUUCUGCCUGAUGCCCAGGCAUUGAAACCUAUCAAGAUAGAAGAUUAUGAAGAAGAACCCAUCUUACAGCCUGGCUGUAAGGAAUAUUUUUGGUUGCUGUGCAAACUAAUAGAUAACAUACAUGUAAAAGACGCUAGUCAGACAACACUGGUUGAUUUGGAUGCCUUGGCAAGACAUUUGGCUGACUGCAUUCGAAGCAGAGAAAUUCUUGACCAUCAAGAGGGUAACAUAGAAGAUGAUGGCCUGACAGGUCUUUUGCGUCUGGCAACAAGUGUUGUUAAACACAAACCACCUUUUAAAUUUUCCCGAGAAGGGCAGGAGUUCUUGAGAGACAUCUUCAACCUCCUGUUCUUGCUGCCAAGCCUAAAAGAUCGCCAGCAGCCAAAGUGCAAGUCUCAUUCUUCCAGGGCUGCUGCUUAUGAUUUGUUAGUAGAAAUGGUCAAGGGUUCCGUAGAGAACUACAGACUGCUCCACAACUGGGUUAUGGCCCAACACAUGCAGUCUUCCCAUGCACCUUACAAGUGGGAUUAUUGGCCACAUGAUGAUGUCAGAGCUGAAUGCAGAUUUGUGGGUCUGACCAACCUUGGAGCAACUUGUUACUUGGCAUCAACCAUUCAGCAACUGUAUAUGAUACCAGAAGCCAGGCAAGCCAUCUUUACUGCAAAGUAUUCUGAGGACAUGAAGCACAAGACCACCCUCUUAGAACUUCAGAAAAUGUUUACUCAUUUAAUGGAAAGUGAAUGCAAAGCAUACAACCCAAGGCCCUUCUGUAAAACCUACACUAUGGAUAAACAGCCACUUAAUACUGGUGAACAAAAAGACAUGACUGAGUUCUUUACAGAUCUCAUAACAAAAAUUGAAGAAAUGUCCCCAGAAUUGAAGAACACAGUGAAAAGCUUGUUUGGAGGUGUAAUCACAAACAAUGUUGUUUCUUUGGACUGUGAGCAUGUCAGCCAGACUGCUGAAGAGUUCUACACAGUGAGAUGCCAAGUAGCAGACAUGAAGAAUAUUUAUGAAUCUCUUGAUGAAGUUACUAUCAAAGAUACCCUGGAAGGUGACAACAUGUAUACAUGUUCUCACUGUGGGAAGAAAGUACGGGCUGAGAAAAGGGCCUGUUUUAAGAAAUUGCCUCGCAUCUUAAGCUUCAACACAAUGAGAUACACCUUUAACAUGGUCACUAUGAUGAAGGAGAAGGUCAACACACACUUCUCGUUCCCCCUACGGCUGGACAUGACGCCUUACACUGAAGAUUUCCUCAUGGGAAAGAAUGACAGGAAGGAAGGUUUCAAGGAUGACGGAGACAGUUUAAAGGAGGCCAAGAGUUAUGAGUAUGAUUUGAUAGGUGUGACGGUACAUACAGGAACAGCGGAUGGAGGACACUACUAUAGUUUCAUCAGAGAUAUCAUUAACCCUCAUGCUUACAAAAACAACAAGUGGUAUCUUUUCAAUGAUGCUGAAGUAAAACCGUUCGAUUCUGCUCAGUUGGCUUCUGAAUGUUUUGGUGGAGAAAUGACAACAAAGACCUAUGACUCUGUCACAGAUAAAUUUAUGGAUUUCUCCUUUGAAAAGACGCACAGUGCAUAUAUGCUCUUCUAUAAACGAAUGGAGCCGGAAGAAGAAAACGGCAGAGACUAUAAAUUUGAUGUUUCAUCUGAGUUGCUAGAGUGGAUAUGGCAUGAUAACAUGCAGUUUCUUCAAGAUAAGAAUAUUUUUGAACACACAUAUUUUGGGUUCAUGUGGCAGCUGUGCAGUAGCAUCCCCAGCACGUUACCGGAUCCUAAAGCAGUUUCUCUGAUGACAGCCAAGUUAAGCACAUCUUUUGUCCUGGAGACAUUUAUCCAUUCCAAAGAAAAGCCCACAAUGCUUCAGUGGAUCGAAUUGUUAACCAAGCAAUUUAACAACAGUCAAGCUGCUUGUGAGUGGUUUCUGGAUCGAAUGGCUGACGACGACUGGUGGCCUAUGCAGAUUCUAAUAAAAUGUCCAAAUCAGAUUGUGAGACAGAUGUUCCAACGCUUGUGUAUUCAUGUGAUUCAGCGAUUGAGACCGGUCCAUGCCCAUCUUUACUUGCAGCCAGGAAUAGAAGACUGUUCGGAUGACAUGGAUGGACCUGUGGAAGAUAUUGGUAGUCGCUCAUGUGUAACGCGCUUUGUGAAGACUCUGCUGUCAAUUAUGGAACAUGGCGUUAAACCUCACAGUAAACAUCUCACAGAAUACUUUGCCUUCCUUUAUGAAUUUGCCAAGAUGGGAGAAGAGGAGGUGAGUGAGGAGAGCCAGUUUUUGCUAUCACUGCAGGCCAUAUCAACAAUGGUCCAUUUCUACAUGGGAACCAAAGGACCGGAAAACCCACAAGUUGAAGUAUUAUCAGAAGAAGAAGGAGAAGAAGAGGAGGAGGAGGAAGAUAUUCUCUCUUUAGCAGAAGAAAAAUACAGGCCUGCUGCACUAGAAAAGAUGAUUGCUCUCAUCGCUCUUCUGGUCGAACAGUCUCGCUCAGAGAGGCAUUUGACUUUAUCCCAAAAUGACAUGGCAGCGUUAACGGGAGGCAAGGGUUUUCCUUUCUUGUUUCAACAUAUCCGAGAUGGAAUCAACAUCAGGCAAACCUGCAAUCUUAUUUUCAGCCUCUGUCGGUACAAUAACAGACUUGCAGAACAUAUUGUAUCCAUGCUUUUUACCUCCAUAGCCAAGUUGACUCCUGAGGCAGCCAACCCCUUUUUCAAGUUGCUGACUAUGCUUAUGGAGUUUGCUGGUGGCCCUCCAGGAAUGCCUCCCUUUGCAUCUUACAUCCUGCAGAGGAUAUGGGAGGUGAUUGAGUACAACCCCUCCCAGUGCCUAGACUGGCUAGCAGUGCAGACUCCUCGAAAUAAGCUUGCCCACAGUUGGGUGUUGCAGAAUAUGGAGAACUGGGUUGAACGCUUUCUUUUGGCUCACAACUACCCUAGAGUGAGAACUUCUGCAGCCUACCUCCUGGUUUCCCUUAUUCCAAGCAAUUCAUUCCGGCAGAUGUUUCGAUCCACCCGUUCACUUCACAUCCCAACUCGAGACCUUCCCCUCAGUCCAGAUACCACAGUCGUCCUUCACCAGGUCUAUAACGUACUUCUUGGACUGCUGUCACGAGCUAAGCUCUACGUUGAUGCUGCUGUUCAUGGGACUACUAAGCUGGUGCCCUAUUUUAGUUUUAUGACUUACUGUUUGAUUUCCAAAACAGAAAAACUGAUGUUUUCUACGUAUUUUAUGGACUUGUGGAACCUUUUCCAGCCAAAGCUUUCGGAGCCUGCCAUAGCUACCAACCACAACAAACAGGCCCUUCUCUCUUUUUGGUACAAUGUCUGUGUUGACUGCCCUGAGAACGUGCGCCUUAUUGUGCAGAACCCCGUGGUGACCAAGAACAUUGCCUUCAAUUACAUCCUAGCUGACCAUGAUGACCAGGAUGUGGUGCUUUUUAAUCGGGGGAUGCUGCCAGCCUAUUAUGGCAUCCUGCGGCUGUGCUGCGAGCAGUCUCCUGCAUUCACCAGGCAGCUGGCUUCUCAUCAAAAUAUUCAGUGGGCCUUCAAGAAUCUCACACCACAUGCAAGCCAGUACCCUGGGGCAGUGGAAGAACUAUUCAACCUCAUGCAACUGUUUGUAGCUCAGAGGCCAGAUAUGAGAGAAGAGGAACUAGAAGACAUUAAACAAUUUAAGAAAACUACCAUAAGCUGUUACCUCCGCUGCUUAGAUGGACGGUCAUGCUGGACUACUUUAAUAAGUGCCUUUCGAAUAUUAUUAGAAACUGAUGAAGAUCGGCUUCUUGUUGUGUUUAAUAGAGGCUUAAUCCUUAUGACAGAGUCCUUCAACACAUUGCACAUGAUGUACCAUGAAGCCACUGCUUGUCAUGUAACUGGAGACCUAGUGGAGCUUCUCUCCAUAUUCCUCUCUGUUCUCAAGUCUACCCGGCCGUAUCUACAAAGAAAAGAUGUGAAGCAAGCGCUGAUCCAGUGGCAGGAGCGAAUAGAAUUUGCUCAUAAGCUGUUAACUUUGCUAAAUUCGUACAGUCCACCAGAGCUUAGAAAUGCAUGUAUAGACGUCCUCAAGGAGCUGGUACUUUUAAGCCCUCAUGACUUCCUCCACACUCUGGUUCCAUUUCUGCAGCACAACCACUGCACAUACCACCACAGCAAUAUCCCAAUGUCCCUUGGCCCUUACUUUCCAUGCCGUGAAAACCUGAAAUUGAUAGGAGGGAAAAGUAAUAUCCGACCACCUCGCCCUGAACUCAACAUGUGCCUCUUACCUACAAUGGUGGAAGCCAGCAAGGUAUCUUGCCCCUCUGAUUUAUUUGGCGCAAUCUCAGUCAACAAAGUUGCCUUAAACCUUCAGGGCAAAGAUGACGUUUACGACCGUAUGCUGCUAGAUUACUUCUUCUCGUAUCAUCAGUUCAUCCAUCUCUUGUGCCGCGUUGCCAUCAACUGUGAGAAAUUCACGGAGACCUUAGUGAAGAUGAGUGUCCUUGUUGCUUAUGAAGGUUUGCCUCUUCAUCUAGCUUUGUUUCCAAAACUUUGGACUGAGCUUUGCCAAACUCAGUCCGCCAUGUCAAAGAACUGCAUUAAGCUCCUGUGUGAAGAUCCCGUGUUUGCAGAGUACAUCAAAUGCAUUCUGAUGGAUGAAAGGACCUUUCUCAACAACAACACUGUGUAUACCUUCUUAACACAUUUUCUCCUCAAGGUGCAAGGACAGGUGUUCUCCGAGGCUAAUUGUGCCGGAGUAAUCAAUAAUUUGGUUACAAAUCUGAUCAACCAGUAUCAGAGCCUAGAAUCAGAUUUUGCCAAUCAGCGAGUUGAAAUUUUUAAAGCAAGUUCUACUUUAAAUGGGGACCUUCGAGCCCUCACUCUGCUGCUUUCUGUGCAUACCCCAAAGCAGUUGAAUUCAGCUCUGAUUCCAACUCUGCAAGAACUGCUCAACAAAUGCAGGACUUGUCAGCAACAGAAGAACUCACUGCAGGAGCAAGAAGCCAAAGAAAGAAAAACUAAAGAUGAUGAAGGAGCUACUCCAGUGAAAAGAAGACGGGUUAGUAGUGAUGAGGAGCACACUGUGGACAGCUGUAUCAGUGAUCUAAAAACUGAACCUAGGGAGGCCUUGACUCCAACCAGCACCUCAGAUAAUGAGACAAGAGACUCAUCGAUUAUUGAUCCAGGCACUGAGCAGGACCUGCCUUCCCCUGAAAAUAAUUCCAUCAAGGAAUACCGGAUGGAAGUUCCGUCUUCGUUUUCUGAAGACAUGUUGUUGGCUUCCCGAUCUCAACAUGGGGAAGACCAGACAGGAGAUGGCCGGUUUGAAGAAUGUAAAGACCUGAAAGAGCCGUCAAGUUCCAAGGAUUCCAACGUUGGUGACGACGAUGCAGAGUUUCCCUCCACGUCUAUUUCUGCCGUUCUGUCUGAACUCACCGAUUUGAAAAGCUGCGAAGGUCAAACCUCCCAGGACCCCGAGUCUGGCUUGUCCCUGAGCUGCAGCCAUUCCAGAGGACUGUUGAGUCACAUGCAACAGCAGCAGCAGCAGCAAGACAUUUUAGACAUCCUCUGCAGGACUGUGGAAUCUACAGUUCAUAUGGUCACAAGGAUAUCUGGCAAAGGAAACCAAGCUGCUUCUUGACAAUAAAGGAGCAUGUCUGCUUUUAAAGUCUUUUUUUUCCUUCUUCAAUAAAUGCUGUUUGUAUAAGUUUUGCUUAUUUCUGUUUUGUGCUUCAGUUUGUCCAGUGCGCUCUGCUUGAAUGGCAAGAUUAAAUUUAUAUGCUUAAUUCUUGGUCAGGCAGAACUCCAGAUUUAAAGAUUUCGCAUCUACUAUACACUUUCUUAAAGGGCAAUCAGAUAAUGGAUAUGUUUUAUGUAAUUCAGAGUUCACUGUAGUGGCUUUCAUUUAAUAUGGCUGUCUGGGAGGAACAGGGUUUGCUCACCCUGUGUGAUGUAAUUUAAACUGAUGGCAUUUUUACUGUGUAUAAUAUGGUGUCCUCUGUGCCAGUUUUGUACCUUAAAAUAGAGGCAAAUAGCCUCCAAUCGCUGUGGUUCUUAUUAUCAAAAUUAAGUUUACUUGUAUACUAAACAACCACAAGAAAUUUGAUUCUGUAAAGAAUCCUCUUUAGCUGUGGCCUGACAGUAUAUAUAUAUAUAAAUAUAUAUAUAUAUAUAAAUAUAUAAAUAUGGUGCUUUAUUUAACAGAAUACCUGUGGAGGAAAUAAAGCACACUUGAUGUAAAAUUAAUUGUUUUAUUUUUAUUGACAUGACCGAUUGCUAUUCUGUGCACUUCAUUAAACUGAUUGUGACGACUUUU